CUUGAGUUAUGCGUUUACAGUCUUUGCCCUGUGCGCACGCAUUGGGCGCAGUCGUGCCAGGGUCACUCGGAUUAUGCUCGGCACAUCGUCUCUUAAAUAAACCGAGGAUUUUAACAGAGGCACGCAGACUUGAUAAUGAACUGGCAGUGGAGUGACAUGUAUUCCCAUCCGUUAUGGAUGGUUUCAGCGGCGAUCCUGGCCAUAAUUGUACGCGCGCAGCGGAAAGCACCGUGGAACCCGCGCGCUUGUCCCGUUAAGUUAAAAGGGAAAACUGCGAUUGUGACUGGAGCUAACACGGGUAUUGGGAAAUUCAUUGCCCUGGACUUUGCUCGUCGUGGGGCGCGGGUGAUCCUGGCGUGCCGGAGUGAGGCUCGUGGGACUGCAGCGCUACAAGAAAUCAGAGAAAGUACUGGGAACCAGAACGUACAUCUGCGUCUGCUUGACACCUCGUCGCUCGACUCUGUGCGGAAGUUUGCAGCACGGAUCGUGGAGGAAGAGAAGGAAUUACAUAUGCUGGUCAAUAACGCAGGGGCCUCAGGUGGAAUGCCCAUCUCUCUCUCUCUCCAUCUCUCAUAUAUUCAUUUGUAUGUCCAUACAAACCAAGGUUUGUUAAUACCUACAGGCCUACCGAGUAAGAUCACUGCAGAUGGGUUGGAAAUCACUUUUGCAACCAACCAUGUUGGGCCGUUUCUGCUCACCAGUUUGCUUUUAGACCUUUUGAAGGAAUCAGCUCCAGCUCGUAUCGUAAAUGUUUCGUCUAUGAAUCACUGGAAAGGUGAGGUAAACUUUCAUCAUUUCCGUGGUCACAAUCUAAAGCAUGUGAUGGAUGCUGCAUAUAACCAAACCAAGCUGCACAACGUCAUCUGGACCAACGAGUUGGCACGCAGGCUUCAGGGCACAGGUGUGACGGCAAACUCUGUGCAUCCAGGUGUAGUUAUGACAGACGUAAUGAGAAAUUACAACUUUAUUAUCCGAUUCCUCUUCAACUUGGUCGGCUUUUUCUUCUUCAAAGUGAGUUGACUAUCAAUCCUGUUC